CCUUUGUAUUUUGUGGAUUUGCAGGAUGACUUAGAUGAUUUUGGGUUUGAAGAUUAUGGACCAGACUGUGAUAGCAUGAGGAUAACAGCAUUCUUGGAUAUUCCUGGACAGGAUAACUUAACUCCACUGGCUCGUCUAGAAAAAUAUGCCUUCAGUGAUAAUAUAUUUAACAGACAAAUUAUUGCCAGAGGUCUUUUGGAUGUAUUUCGAGAUUUCAGUAAUAAUGAAGAAGACUUCCUGACUGUAAUGGAAAUAGUGGUCAGGCUCUCUGAAGAUGCAGAACCAACUGUACGUACAGAGCUGAUGGAACAAAUACCUCCUAUUGCCAUUUUUCUCCAAGAAAGUCGACCAAAAUUCCCAACAGCAUUUUUUGAGUACCUUAUGCCCAUAGUAGUGAGGUACCUCACAGAUGUUAACAAUCAGGUUAGAAAAGCAGGUCAAGAAGCACUACUUAUACUGCUAGAACAAGAUCUUGUUGCUCAGAGUGACAUUGAAAAUAAGGUGUGUCCAAUUCUGUUGGACCUUUCUGCUCCUGACAGUGAUGAUGAGUACAAGGUGGAAGCUGUGAAUGUAAUCUGUAAAAUGGCUUCUGUGUUGAGCAGAACAACAGUUGAGCACAUGCUGCUUCCUCGUUUCUGUGAAUUGUGCAGUGAUGGGAAAUUGUUUCAAGUGCGAAAGAUUUGUGCAGCUAAUUUUGGUGACAUUUGUAGUGCAGUUGGGCAAGAAGCCACAGAAAGACUGCUGAUUCCCAAGUUCUUUGAACUCUGUUCUGAUAGUGUUUGGGGCAUGAGAAAAGCUUGUGCUGAAUGCUUUAUGGCAGUGUCUUACACCACAUCCCCAGAAGUUCGCAGAAGCAAACUAUCCCCACUGUUUAUCAGUCUUAUCAGUGACACUUGCAGAUGGGUUCGUCAGGCUGCUUUUCAGUCUCUUGGCCCGUUUAUUUCUACCUUUGCAAACCCUUCAAGUGCUGGUCUUUACAUUCGAGAAGACGGGACGCUGAGUAUCCGACCAUCAACACAAAAUGUGAAUUCCAAUUCCUGUCAGCCAAGCAACAAUAUAACUUUAAUGUCUUCCAGUACCAAUGCUACUUUGUCCAGUUCAGAACAACCAAUGGAAAUCAAACCAGAGUCAUUGACUGAGGAGACUUCAGCUGAUGUUAAUACAAAGCUCUCAGUUGAGAACCUGAAUAAAGACACACAGGAAGAAAGUUCAGAUGACUGUAGCAAUCCUGGAGAAGAUGUGUCUCGGUUGUCUCAGGGUGACAAAGUUGCUGCUGGUGUCAUCGAAGUCACUAAGGACUGCAGUUUUCCUGGAAGGAACUCAAGGCUACAGUCUGCUGAGGAUGUAUUUAAUACUUUUCUAUACUGGCGCCCUCCUCUGCCUGAUAUAAGUCAGGAUCUGGAGUUGCUUCAGUUCAAGACUGAAAAGCACAACGAUAGCUGCUCUGUGCCACGUAAUAACUGUGUUGCUAGUACUGAAAUAAAAAAAGUUCUAGAAAGCUUACAGGAGCACAUAGAUGAUCCAGAUGUUCAAGCUCAGGUCCAAGUGCUAUCUGCUGCUCUCAGAGCUGCUCAGUUUGAUUCUGUUGGUGAGUACGAGACCAAAAAGAUGGAGGAAAGCAGUGGUGAACUUCAGAACAAAACUAUCUCAGAUAAAACAGCUGUUUCAAGUGCUACCUGUAACCAGGUGGAGGAAGAUACUCUUUCAUCCCCUGCCCCCCAGGAUGACAUCAGUGACCAGUCUUCCACAAGUAUACUGAAAAGCACAGACUCAGAAGAACAACACAGAGGAACCACUGUAUUUUUAAAGAAAGAGCAAGAAACUAAUCCACCAUUUGAAGAUGACAAGUCAAAAUUACAGGAUAUCAUACCUCAACCUUUAUUAGACCAGUACUUGUCUAUGACUGACCCAGCUCGAGCCCAGACUGUUGAUACUGAAAUAGCCAAACACUGUGCGUAUAGUCUUCCUGGGGUGGCCUUAACACUGGGCAGGCAGAACUGGCACUGCCUGAAAGACACAUAUGAGACGCUGGCCUCAGAUGUACAGUGGAAGGUACGUCGAACUCUAGCUUUCUCCAUACAUGAACUAGCAGUUAUUCUGGGGGAUCAGCUUACAGCUGCUGAUUUGGUGCCAAUUUUCAAUGGAUUCUUGAAAGAUCUGGAUGAAGUGCGUAUUGGUGUCCUUAAACAUCUGUAUGACUUCCUAAAGUUACUUCAUGCAGACAAAAGGCGAGAGUAUCUUUACCAACUUCAAGAAUUUGUGGUGACUGAUAACAGCAGGAACUGGAGGUUUCGUUAUGAGCUGGCAGAGCAGCUGAUCCUGAUACUGGAACUCUACAAUCCCAAUGAUGUCUAUGACUACUUAAGACAUAUUGCACUAACUCUCUGCUCCGAUAAAGUUUCAGAAGUUCGGUGGAUCUCCUUCAAACUGGUUGUAGCAAUACUACAGAAGUUCUACACAAACAAUGCAAAUGCACUGGGACUAAAUUUCAUUAAUGAACUUGUAGUGCGGUUUCGUCACUGCUCCAAGUGGGUUGGAAGACAAGCAUUUGCCUUCAUUUGUCAGGCCGUAGUAGAAGAAGAAUGUAUGCCUGUUGACCAGUUUGUUGAACACCUACUCCCCAGUCUUUUAAGUCUUGCAUCAGAUCCUGUGCCAAAUGUAAGGGUUCUGCUCGCCAAGGCUCUAAGGCAGACGUUAUUGGAGAAAGCUUAUUUUAAAAAUGUUGGCAAUCCUCAUCUAGAAGCUGCAGAAGAGACCAUUCUAGCCCUGCAAUCUGACCGAGAUCAAGAUGUGUCCUUCUUUGCCACCAUAAAACAGGGUAACAUGAACAAUACUGCCAUUGAAAAACAAAACUAA